AUGGUCAAAGAAACUAUUAUCAAUUUUAAAGAUUUAAGAACAGAAGACAAUUUUCAAAAAGUAUGGGAAAGAGUUGAAAAUAUUUCAAAAAGUAAUGGUUUUCGUGAAGCUAAGCUACCUCGAUUGAAGUCUGGGCCAUUAAAAUUAGGUGGUGGAACCAAUAACAAAUCUGAAGACUUGUCAAGUGAGAUUAAAAUACUCAAUAGGCUAUUUAUGAACCAAGGCUGUGAUUCAAUUAUAAAAAGAAUAAAUUAUGUAAAAUCAAAAGAUAUACAGAUGGAAUUCCCAAUUUACACAGAAAUUUUGAAAAAAUUUUUAACUAUACCAACCAAUACUGCUUCUUGUGAGCGUAGUUUCUCUGCUCUACGUCGACUGAAAACAUAUUUAAGAGUCACUAUGACUCAAGAACGUUUAAGUAAUUUGGUAGUGUUAUACAUUCAUAACGAAUAUAAAAUUGAUUUUGAAAAAAUUAUUGAUAGGUUUGAUGUAGAAGCUUCAAUAAAGGGUCGACGUUUAGCACUUAAGUAA